AUGGCUGCAUCAAAGGCUGAGUCGGACGUGAUUCUCAAUCGCGCAAACGUCGCGCUUGCGCGCAGCCAGCGGCUCGUCUCAUCAUGGCUGCCCGCGCAGACCGACGACGAACUGUCCCACGUCAAGUCUGAGGAAGAAUUGCAGCGCGAAGAAGAUGAAAUCUUCACUGCGGUGCCAGAGACACUCGGCGUCGGCGCCCCCCUCCCUGAAAAAGCUGCCGACGGAAGCUGGAAACGAACCGAGCUCAGCUCCAACGAUAAACUACGGAAACAAUUGCUUGGAAGGAAUUAUGAUAAGAUUAUGAAGGCUGCAGCAGCAAAUAAACCUGCGACACAGAAUGCUGGGCCUGCAUCUGCGAAGACAUUGUCCGCUACACCAGCUCACGAAGAAUCCGAUGACGAGGAGGAAGGGCGUGCAGCCAUGGUGGGAAAGAAGAGAAAAGCCAGAACAUCUCAAACCAAGAAGCCACUUGUGGUUGAUCAUGAGCAUAACGACAAGGCAGAUGGUGAUGAGUCAGUGCCUGCUCAGGAGGUGCCUUCAAAGGCUCCGUCAAAGGGGAGGAGAAAGGCAACGAGUUAUUUAGAUGAAUUACUGGCGGAACGAUCCAAGAAGAGAAAGAAGAGGUGA